UCUUGGGCAGGUCACAAUUGUAAAUGUCAACUUGCCUACCUGGUUAAAUAAAGGUGAAAUAAAAUUAAAGAAAUCAAUAAAUAGGAUGAAGAUGGUUCUCUGGCCAUCUUGGAGAGGUUCAGGUAAAGGGUCAAUGGAGUCCUUGAGAACCUGCCCUUCUCCCACAGUGAUGCGAGUCUGCAUCAGAAUGGUCAUCUGGUAACCAUCCAGGCCCUUGGGUCAGUCCAGGUCAACUCCAGUCUACACAAGCUGCUCCUGGUAAAUAUCUCAAACUCAUCCUACUAGAACUACCCCUGUGGGGGAACUACAACAAUGACCCCAUGGAUGACCUACAGGUGCCUAACGGAACCCUGACCUCUGACCCCGAUGGGUUUUGUGUCGUCUGUUGACAUGGGUCAUGUGCAGGCCUGCGUCCCCCUGCAGUGAUGGGUUUGGGGCUAACUGCCCAAUCUGUCAGUGUCCCUGCAUAGCUGUGAGCUCUACUGCGGCCUACUCACACUGCCUGGUGGCCCCUUCACCCCCUGUCAUCCUGUAGUCCAGCCACAGACCCACUACAUGGCUGAUCUGUGUGUGGCAUGGAACCAGACCCAGCAGCCGCUGUGUGAGCAGCUGCAGUCCUAUCAUGUGGAGUGUCAGGAGGCAGGGGUCAAGGUGGGCCCAUGGAGGAACCACACUGGCUGUGCUCAUUGCCCCCAGUUCAGCCACUACAGCCUGUGUGCCAACACCUGUUCCUCUCUGUGCCCUGGAGCGGCGGGGUCUGUGCCGUGCCCAGAUGGCUGUGAGGAGGGGUGCCAACGUGACCAAUGGUCAGGCCUGUGUACCAGCAGGGCAGUGUGGCUGCUGUCAGGACGGGAGGAGGUUUUAGAGUGCAGGCCUGAAGUGCACUAUGAUCUGCACCUGUGGGGCUUCGCUGGUCUGUGAACCAUUUGCUUGCCCUGACCAGCAUGGCUGCACUGUCUCAAAUGAAGUCCUCAGCUGCCACAGCACAGAGGGGUGUGUGUGUCCAGAGCAGUGUGGCUGUACUGAUCCCAGAGAAAACUACCACAGACUCAACACCACCUUCUGGACCCCAGAAGACUGUGGACAGCUCUGCCUCUAUGACCCAGCCACCGGGGAGAUCCUCUGCACCCCUGCCCAGUGCCUCACAUGCUUACAUUUGUAAGCAGCUGGAGUGCAGGCGAAUCUGCCAACUCUCACGACCCCUCUACUUGACGUUGAUGGGUGGCAACAUUUAAUUUGUUUUGACGGGCAAGAGUUUUACUUCAGGGAUAGCUGUUCAUACAUGCUGGCUCAGUCAAGCUCCAAUCAGACAGGGUUGAUCCCGUUUACCGUCAGCAUCUCUGCUGCCAGCUGCAACAGCAGUUUAACUUUUUCCACCUCAGGUUAAUGGACUGCACAAUCCCUUACCAUACUCCUUCCUUAAAAGCCUUGUGGUGACCUCUCUCCCACUCGUCAUCCAGAUUGGAGUUUGGCCUGCAGCUGAUUCUGUACAAGACUGGCACCACCAUGGACAUCCUUCCCCGCACCUAUGACUCUGCUGUGUCCGGUCUCUGUGGCAACGGCAACAGACAGGACGACUCCCUGCUGUCGGACGGCGAGCGUGCUCAGAACACCCUGGAGUUGGCCCACAGCUGGAGGAUGGGAGGGGCUUUAGGUCCACCUGUGGCUCCAGUCAGCUGGGGUGCAGCGAAGAGCAGGACCACAAAGCUGUUUGAGACCAGUGAUUUUCUGUGAGGUGCUGCUCAACGAUCUGAGUCUGUUUGGAGAGUGUGCCGCAGUGUUGAACCCUUAGCCUUACUUCCACAGCUGUGACGACCAGUGUGACGUAUCCCAAGGCCAUGGGUGCCUGUGACGUGGUGAUGGCCAGGAACAGUGUGUUUGGAGGCUGCUGGAGAAGGGUGGAGGCCUAGUCCUACAGGGAUGAGUAUGCGAGGGCGGUGGGGCCACAUGGACGCCACCUGCCUCUCCCUGGAGGCCUACGCCUCAGCCUUACAUUACAUAAGGGUAACUCGAAUAGCUACAGUAGUGUAAUGAA